AGGCACGGGAUUCGUCCUCAGUCGCCGUGGGACACUGGCGAUAGUAACUCCCAGCUAGGGACAUGUCCGUAACUCGUUCCUGACAGCGCCCGCGCGGAGGAUCCUUCAUCAAUAAAGAAUCCUUCCUGUGGAACGUGACGCGUGAAACUUCACACGGAUAAUAACACGGACUAAAUUUGAUCACGGAAAAUGAAGUUUUCCCAGUGCGUUGUAUUAUUGGUCGCUCUGUAUCUGGCCUCAGAAACUUGUCAAGCAAGUACUUUCGGUGAGAGGGUGAAAAACUUUUUUGGUAUUUUUGGUAACAAACCACCGUACGCCAUGGAAGCACCUGCACCUUGUUACUGUAGUUGCGGUCUGCGGAACGAAGAAAGCCGAAUAGUCGGUGGUCAGACAACUCGCAUGAAUGAAUUCCCAUGGAUGGCCAGGCUUUCGUAUUUGAACAAAUUCUACUGUGGUGGAACGUUGAUUAAUGAUCGCUACGUCCUGACCGCGGCUCACUGUGUCAAAGGCCCCAUUUUCAGGUUCAUGUGGUUCAUGAUCAAGGUCACGUUCGGUGAACACGACAGGUGUACCGAGAGAGGAGCUGAGACGAGAUACGUGGUCAGAGUGUUAACCGGUGAUUUCAGUUUCCUCAAUUUCGACAAUGACAUCGCGCUUUUACGGCUGAACGAAAGAGUGCCUCUCAGCGACACUAUAAGGCCCAUAUGUUUGCCAACAGAAAAAGAUAAGCAAUACGUUGGAACGAAAGCAAUCGCGUCCGGCUGGGGUACCUUGUACGAGGAUGGGAAGCCAUCUUGCCUGCUGCAGGAAGUCGAGGUACCGGUUAUGAGCCUUCAGGAUUGCCGUAACACAAGCUACAGUCCACGUAUGAUCUCUGAUAACAUGAUGUGCGCUGGAUAUCCCGAUGGGAAAAAGGAUUCUUGUCAGGGUGAUAGCGGAGGACCACUCAUAGCCGAACGCGAAGACAAGAAAUACGAACUCAUAGGUAUAGUAUCCUGGGGAAACGGAUGUGCUCGACCAGGAUACCCUGGCGUUUACACAAGAGUCACACGAUACAUAAACUGGAUAGUUUACCACUCGCGAGAGGGAUGUUUCUGUGAACAAAAAUCCCGCUAUACAAGACAAACCAACCGUUUAACCGGGACCAGUAUCGUUUCGACAGCCGAGAGAAAAGUCAUGAAGCUGCAAAACUUCCUCGAAUAUAUCCUUUGUGGUUUGCUGUUGGUGCUCACUUCGAGGUUCAUUCAUUGCAAUAAAUUUAAUUCAUCCGACAUAGGAGAUGACGAACUGCGGCAAACACGAGGUGUUCUGGACUACCUGCUUGGCAGAUUUAAAACAUGUGGCAAUUGUCUUUGCGGAAGACCAAAUAGAUUUGUUGAGGCACGGUUUCUUGGCGGGGAGUACACGAAAGCUCAUGAAUUUCCCUGGCUUGCAAAUAUUCACGUGAAAUCAAAAUUACUUCUCAGCGGAGUUCUAAUAAACGAUCGUUAUGUUUUAUCCUCUGCUAGCCAACUCGUUGGCGUAACCCCGCCGGAAGUAAAAAUAUCUUUUGGAGAAUACGAUCGAUGUAACUUGGAUGUAUCAUCGACCACAGUUAGCGUUGAAUCUUUGGUUCUAUAUCCGGAAUAUAACGUAGAAUCACAUGCUCAUAACUUGGCACUGAUGAAGUUAAGUCAGCCGAUUAAAUUCGAGAGAAGAAUCUCUCCCAUUUGUUUGCCAAACCCAGGUUCGACUUAUCUUGGACAAGUUGGAACUUUGGUUGGGUGGAUAGUAAGCACAGAGAAAGAUACGAACAACAAUCAGACUUGUCGACCGCGAAAAUUGGGUCUUCCAAUUUUGGGACGCGACGAGUGUAUUAGAUCUGGCAUAAAUACUACAAAUUUUCACAACGAUUCCGGCUGUGCUGGAAUAUUAGGUGGAAGCUCUAUUGUAUGCGAGAACGAUGUAGGUUCUUCAGUGCAAUAUCGUUCAUAUGCUGGAGUAUAUGAUCUAGUCGGUAUAAUUUCGGAUGUAAAUAAAUGUGGUAGCACCCCUGCCAUUUCAAUAUUUACAAGAGUUGGUCCACAUCUAAAUUGGAUAUUGCAACAAACCAAAGAUGCGUGCUAUUGUCCAAAAUAGUAGAUCAUAGUUAUUGAACAACGAUUAUCUCUCUCUUGUAAAUAUAAUUCUACUGUAUGGUAUUCUAAACUUUUAUAAAGAAUAUGUAGAUCCAUUAAUCAAUAAACUUCUAAAUAAGAAAA